CAUCUUGCGAGCAUGGGGGGUCACGUCGAGGUGCUGGGAUACCUCCAACAAGCCUGCGGGCAAGGGAUCUUACAGCAAAAGGACGUGCAAGGCAGGACGUGCGCGCACCUGGCGAGCAUGGAAGGGCACGCAGGGGUCCUGAGGUACCUGCAGGCCACCUGCGGCAUGGAGCUGCUGCUGGGCAAGGACGCACGGGGCACUACCUGUGCGCAUCUUGCCAGCCAUGGAGGGCACGUGGAGACGCUGAAGCAGCUGCUGGAA